AGAAGGCGGGUUGGCGCCAGGGCUGCAGGGAAGGGCGGGAGCGGCCCCGCCUGAGGUCUGGCAGUCGGUGACAGAGCCGGGCGUCCACCGCCCCAGCGUCAGCAGCGGCACCAUGCCCGCACUCCUGGAGCGCCCCAAGCUUUCCAACGCCAUGGCCAGGGCUCUGCACCGGCACAUCAUGAUGGAGCGGGAACGCAAACGGCAGGAGGAGGAAGAGGUGGACAAGAUGAUGGAACAGAAGAUGAAAGAAGAGCAGGAGAGAAGAAAGAAAAAGGAGAUGGAGGAGAGAAUGUCUCUGGAAGAGACCAAGGAACAGAUUCUGAAGCUCCAGGAGAAGCUUUCAGCGCUACAGGAGGAGAAGCACCAGCUUUUCUUGCAGCUCAAGAAAGUUUUGCAUGAGGAAGAAAAACGCAGGCGAAAGGAACAGAGUGACCUGACCACUCUGACAUCAGCUGCAUACCAGCAGGGCCUGACGGUGCACACAGGAGCUCACCUCCUGAGCAUGCAGGGGAGUCCUGGAGGACACAACCGCCCAGGUACUCUCAUGGCAGCUGACAGAGCCAAGCAGAUGUUUGGACCCCAAGUGCUUACGACCCGGCACUACGUGGGAGCAGCAGCUGCUUUUGCAGGGACCCCAGAACAUGGACAAUUCCAGGGCAGUCCAGGGGGUGCUUAUGGGGCUGCCCAGCCCCCACCUCACUAUGGGCCUACACAGCCAGCCUACAGCCCUAGCCAGCAGCUCAGGGCACCAGCAGCAUUUCCUGCAGUGCAGUACCUGUCGCAGCCACAGCCGCAGCCCUAUGCAGUGCAUGGCCACUUUCAGCCCACGCAGACAGGGUUCCUCCAGCCUGGUGGUGCCCUGUCUUUGCAAAAGCAGAUGGAACAUGCCAGUCAGCAGACUAGCUUCUCUGACUCAUCCUCUCUGCGGCCCAUGCACCCCCAAGCCCUGCAUCCAGCCCCUGGGCUCCUGGCUUCCCCCCAGAUCCCUGUGCAGAUGCAAGCAGCUGCAAAGUCAGGCUUUGCCACUACCAGCCAGCCUGGCCCUCGACUCCCUUUUAUCCAACACAGCCAGAACCCACGAUUCUACCACAAGUAACCAUAUAAUUCCAACC